CGCUGAGCUCCUGCCUGGGUCCCCUCCUUUGGAGUGUCCUUGGUGAUCUCUGAAGGAAUCAGAAUGAGUCUCCCCUCAGUUUUCUUGAUGCCCCUUGGGCUCUGGCUGAGUUUUUCCCCCACCCAGGUACAAGUUGGACAGAUUUCAGGGUCUUGUGAUACCUGGCCGGGCCACUGGGGGGCCCUGGGCCAGAAGACUGAGGAGCUUGGAGCCCUGAUGUCCCAUCUGCCGCACCAUCCUGCGGUCAGGAGCUGGCUGCUGGAGCAAAGCAGAGAAGACGCCUCAGGACAGGAGGAAGAGGCUUACCCCGUGGAAACUGAACAGGGCCUAGCCCACCCGAGGGCCCUCCCGCAGCUGGCUCCAGUCCUCUGUCACUGGGCCACACCGAUCUUCAGCACCAGAGCUGUGCCCCCUUCAAGCCGACAUCCUUUCCUCGUUUUUCCUUUCCGUCUCAGUGAAAGCUUUUGCCUCCCAGGCACAGCGAUCCUCCUGCCUCAGCCUUCCCAGUGCUUGGAUUACAGGUGUGCACCACCACGCCCGGCUUCUCUGCUUUCAUUUCGAUGUCCAAAGCAGCGCUCACAGCCCGAGAUCAGUCGCAGCCCUUGGGCUGCAGACCCUGUGCCGCAGGCUCCGCUGACCCCUCUACACUGGGAGAGCAACAGAGGCUCAGAGAGGGCCAGAAACACACCAAGAACUCACAGCAGAGCCUGGCAGAACUGCACGGGGCCCAAGCUGUGCACUUCCAUCCCAGCCCUGGUGUGUGCCAACCUCACGCCGGCCUGCGUCUGGCCUCCCAGUGCCCGGGAGCCUCCCUGGAGAUAAUGAAUGGUGGUUCCUAUGCUCAGCCUGCAGGCAAGCAAUGCUCAGUAAAUACUACGUCCUCCUCCUUCCCCGGCCUGCAGCGUGGUUAACUUAGGGCCACUGGUGCAGGUGGAGGUGGGGAUGGGGUGGCAGCUGUGUGACCUUUUGUGCUCCCUGAGUCCCACCCUGGCCAGGGAUAUUGGGCUGGGACUUGGGUUGCCAGAUUGGAGCCAGGUGCACAGCCCCCACAAAAGGCAGACCCCAAGUACUGUAGCUGCUAAUGCAGACGGUUCUGAUACCCUGAGCUGUCCCUAAGAAGGCUGCUCGAGGUGGGGAGUGACAGCCCUGGCCAGGACCCGGGACAUCAGGGUCAGCUCUGAUCUGAGCUGCUGCGCUCUGUGACAUUGGGCAGGUCACUUCCGGUCCCUGGUCCUCACCAUAUUCCUACCCUACCGAAGGGGAGAGUUACGCCGACUCCUCCCGAUGGUCCCGUCGAGGCUGCGGCCUCCAGCCUUACACAGGAGCUAUGGCCCAAGCCAAAGCUGAACCUC